AUGUUAGCGCUUCCUUCAGUCUACGUUCAGAGACGGCGCGCGCAUCUUGCGUAUGCGCUUACCGGUACUCCCGUACUGUGCUGAUAUUGUACCUUAAACGGACAAUAUUGUGACGGGUUGAACGAACUUUGAUAAAAAUGACCAUCUAAUAUUUUCUUUAACUUUGAGAACAGCCGUGCCUGACUCAUAUGAGUAUAUGCAGUGAUUAAUUUACACUGACGUUUCACUGGACGAUCGAUCACGCAUCCAACCGAUAUUUUGUCGGCGACAUCAGCGACUGAUAAUCGGAGAGACGUCCCUUUUUUCUUGUAAUAAAUUAUUUAUACUCAUUAACUGUGAUGGACGAGUUCAGUCACAUUCUCGGGGAUUACUCAUUUGUGGCAUGACUGUGGGAGGACAAAUUUAAUCCCAAUUAAUUAAUCAGUUUUGACUGAAAGUGCGUGCAAAGAUGGAGACUUUGGUGUUAAUACCCCAAGAACUUAGCUUGGCUUUGAGGCCUGGUGGUGCUAGAGGAAGGGAGGCGUCAGUGAAUGUUUGGACAUCACAAGAGCUGCCGAAGGGAUCCCUUUUAUACCCUUUUCAAGGAACUAUAAGAAUCGACAAGCUUCACGUCUACUCCUAUGUUCCUGACCACGACGUCCGCCACCGAUUUGGUUUAUUUGACGAAGUAUGUACUUCGGGAGGCGUACAAGUCCGGCAUUGCAAUUGGGUUCGAUUUCUACGAGUUUCUGAGAAUUAUGGCCCACAAGUAAACCUAGUCUGCACAAAAGUCAAGGGCGAACCAGUCUACGAAGCAGUAAAACCUAUAUCAGCCCACACAGAACUGGUGGUCUAUUAUCUACCAGAAAGACCAGAGGAGCUAUUCUUCGUGAGGAUGAGGAAUAACCUGUACAGACAAACGAUGGAUUCCAUUUUAGAAGAUUCACCAUUAGACCUCUCAACGUCGCUCCUGUCGAGAGUACUAUUACCAAUAUCACCACCCUCGGGUCCCGAUGAUGAGCACAAGUCAGUUUCUGGUGAUUCCCUUGCAUCAUCAUCCGCCGGCUCAUCAAGUGAACUACUAGACAUGACACCAAAAGUCCAAAGAAAACCAGCGAAGUCUGAAAGAGCACUACUGCCUUGUGAAGUAUGCGGGAAAGCAUUCGAUAGACCUUCAUUAUUAAAAAGACAUAUGAGAACACAUACAGGUGAAAAGCCUCAUGUAUGUAUGGUAUGCAAUAAAGGCUUCAGCACUUCAAGCAGUCUUAACACUCAUAGAAGAAUUCAUUCCGGAGAGAAGCCACAUCAGUGCCAGCAUUGUGGGAAGAGAUUCACAGCUAGUUCAAACUUGUAUUACCAUCGAAUGACACACAUAAAGGAGAAGCCACACAAAUGCAGCCUCUGUUCCAAGUCCUUCCCUACGCCUGGAGACCUUAAGUCGCACAUGUAUGUGCACAGCGGCUCUUGGCCUUACAAGUGCCACAUAUGCUCUAGAGGGUUUUCCAAACAUACAAAUCUAAAGAACCAUCUCUUUUUGCAUACUGCAAAACACCAGAGAAGCGGCACUAGAGAAGCAACUUGAAAUCUGAAUAAUAAAAAUAGUUACACUAGAUAUGCCUAAACAUUACAAUAUACACUCAUAAUAUAUAAUAAUUAUGUAAGGUAACUACAACUACGUGACGUUUGUAAACACGGACUUAUCACAUGAAGACUAUAGUGGAAACUAAAGCCGCCAAAAUAAGUAUUAAACCACGCACAAAGAUGAAUUAGCUCUGUACCUUGAUGAAUAUAGAUAAUAAAAUAUAUAUUCGACAAUAUCUCAAAUAGUGUGUGACAAAUUACCUUUAAAACCAUUUCCAUUGAUGUAUUAAGCAUUGUAUUUUGAAUAUAUAAUUAUUUCAUGAAAAUACAUUAUAUAGAUUCCUGGGAAAUUCCGAGUAAACUGUGACUUGCAAAGGGACAGGUGGACAAACUAACAGACCGACAUAAAGACACUACUAAAUGCCCCUAAAAUGGACUUUAAGAAUUAGAUACACAUUUUCUUUAAGUGACUUAUUUAUUGUACAGUAUACCAGACAAUUACGAGGUUAAGUGUUUGAUUUAGGUUAAGUUUGUACAUAAAUAUAGCUACAAUUGUGAUAUUAUUUUAUAUUUCGUUUUAAGUGAUAAUUUAUUAUUUUUAUGUAUUAGUCAAAGGUACUUUAAAAAAAUGUUAAGUAAUUGACAAGUGGUAUCAGAUAAUCAAUUCAGUUUUCAAAUAAUUAGGUAAGUAUUUAUUCAUAAUACGGAUUACAAUUGACUGUUAAAAUGCCAAUAGUACAUUACGAUAUAUUAUUAUUCGACUGUUAUUUAUUUAUAUUAUGAUAAGGGUGAUUACAGUGAUUUGUCAAAAUUUCAAACAACCGGAUUUAAGUAUCAGAUGUGUUUUUAUUUAGUUGUUUCGUGAGUUUUAUAUAUAUAAUGUUAGCAACUAUAUUUGCUGACUGGUAUGUACCGAAUAGUUCAUCUUAGGAUAUAUAU